CGGAAGUACUUUCGCUUUACCUAAUGAGGUCAAAAUGGCGGCUCGCAGCAUGUGAAGGGGUCGAAACGGGAGCCGGCUGAAUGAUCCGAGAACAUGUAUAAAACGCCAUGUAGCAGACUGUCAGGUUUUGUUGGUGCAAGCGUGAAACAGAAAUUAGUUCAAAAUAUUCCUCGAUGUAACCAGACUGCUCGGAGCCUUCUUCAGCUGCACAGAAGAGAUCCAUCAAACUGGUGGACUUAUCAACAUCUUAACUUUCUUAAACGCCAGUAUGUAGCACAGGGCAGCGGUGAGCUUCAACAACGUGCCAUCCCAAAACAGGCACCUGUCCUGACCAUUGUGGAUGAGAGAGAUGACAGUGUUGAAAGGCAGGUGCAGAGAAUACCAACUAUUGAUCCUGUGGCCACAGAUGCUGGGCCACAGCCACAGGAUGUCACCAGUAAGGCACAGGCUGAAAUGAACCCCACUGCAGCACAUACGGCAGUACAGAAACAUCCUCCGAUUUCGAGUGAGACUCCGCAUGUUCAGGUGGAGUCAGAUGAGGCAAAGGAGGCACGUCUAGACAGACAAUGGAAACUGCUGAAGGUUGAUGUGGCUGACUUGCCGGAUAUCUACGCCAGAUUGGCCAAAAUCAAACUGACGGCACUGGUGGUUACAACUGCAGCAGCCGGCUAUGCAUUGGCUCCAGUGCCCUUUGACCCAGUCAUGUUCUUCGUGUCUUCUCUGGGAACAGGCCUUGCCUCUUGUGCUGCCAAUUCAAUCAACCAGUACUUUGAGGUGCCCUUUGACUCCAACAUGAACCGCACAAAGAACCGUCCACUCGUCAGAGGGCAGAUCAGUCCCCUCCAUGCAGUUUCCUUUGCACUGGCCUGUGGAGUUCCUGGAGUCGCUCUGCUCACACUGGCUGUAAACCCCUUAACAGGCUUCCUGGGUGCCCUCAACAUCUUCCUCUACACCUGCUGCUACACACCACUCAAGAGGCUCAGUAUCACCAACACCUGGGUGGGGGCAGUGGUGGGUGCGAUACCUCCUGUCAUGGGCUGGACGGCUGCCACAGGUUGUCUGCAGCCAGGUGCUUUGUUGCUGGGUGGUUUCCUGUACAGCUGGCAGUUCCCCCACUUCAACGCCCUCAGCUGGAACUUGAGGGAAGACUACUCCCGCGGCGGCUACCGCAUGAUGUCCGUCACCCACCCUGGCAUGUGCAAGCGGGUGGCCCUGCGCCACAGCGUGGGUCUGAUCGGCCUGUCGACCUUAGCACCCGUGCUGGACCUCACCACCUGGACCUUUCCCAUCAUCACCUUACCCAUCAACCUGUACAUCAGCUACCUGGCCUUCCGAUUUUAUCGCAAGGGAGACCGCAACAGCUCGCGCAAGUUGUUCUUCUGCAGCCUGUGGCACCUGCCCAUGCUGCUGCUGCUGGCGCUCACUUGCAAGAAGCCUCGCAGAGACCAGGAGGACGUGACUCUACCUCCGGCCACGUCCUCACCCCUCACACUGCAGAGCUAACUAGUUUCAUAGAUGCCCAGACACCUCUGAGACCUCUGAGAUAUUAGUCAUGAUGGGUGCUUGGCCCCCGCCAAGCACCCAUCAUGCUUGGCGGGGGCCCGGGUGAUGGACACAUUAUUUUACCUGUGUGUUUAAUUGAAGUCAGUGGUUCUCACUGCAGAUCAGGAAAUGAGCUGGAAAUGAUUUGGAUCAAAACAGCUGAUUUACAGAAAACACACUGAAUAAUUACAUCAGGUUGUAAUCAUUUCAAUGUGUGUGUACUGUAUAUAUUCUGUAUUUAUUUAUAUAGUGGCCCACCAGUUCUUCUAUAUGUUGUACACGACUGACGUUAAAUGAUCUUGUACAGUGUGAAUUGCUCCUGUGGAUCCACACAGCAGCCACUGUCUGCAGAUUGGCCAAUGCAUUGUACAAAUGCAGAGCAGCAGAUGGAUGUGAAGACAUCAUGUAAUCAAAAGAUUUAUAUUUGAUUUUCGGUAAGAGAAUGAAAAUAGGACAAAUAUAAAGUUAUUGUGAAGCAGCUACAGCCCCGCACCUGAUACUGUUGAUUGUUGUUCUGACUUUCACUUGAUCUCUGCUGCUCGACAGUUAAUAAGCCUCAUCGUGUUUUGCGACUCAGCAAACGCACUGACGGGUCUUUCGUUCAUUUGCUCAACGCGCUUUAUUUCCACCACGGUUCGCCUCCACCAAAACAAAGGGAGCAGUUUACCCCUGUAACACAAGGGUAAAUGUCCUCUAACAAUAAACAUGUGAUGACUGCA